AUGACUUUACCCGGCAUUAUUAUCGUCUUCAUAGGAAUAGGUUGCUUGGUUCACGGCCUCGCCGUCUCCUGGACCACAGACACCAACGACGAGUCAUCCGCCAAUGUCACAAUCGAUCUCUUCCUUCAAGAAACUUUUUACAUUAUCUUGACAUCGGGAGAGGAUAAAAACGCCGUGCCCAUCACAGAUCUUAGUUAUACAUUCCAAUAUACCCCAGACAAGUCCUACAUCGCCGCGCAGAAGGGGUACAUUAUCCGUAUGUACGACGGUUCUGCGUCUGAUUUCAAGAGCGACGAAUUUGAAAUUUUCAACACUCAUGAUUAUGUCACGUCUGUACCAACCACCGCAAUUCCUACAUGUACGGGGAGAAACUCAGGCGGAAGACUGAAGUCCUCUUCAACAUCGGCACCGUUCAGAAAUCUAUCGACACCUACUUCUAAUACCCCAUCUGCUUCCCCAAAUGCGGCGAGUGGACUCACCCGUGGGGAUAUCAGGGCCGAUACCAUAGCUCUUUUUACUAUUACGGCUCCACUUGUUUAUACAUUGGUUCUACUGCGAUACCUUGAGCGUCAUCACUUCGUCCAGACGUUCCCUCUGAACUCCAUCUACAUCGACAAUGACGGCAACAUGUCCUCCACUCAUACGGAAGAAUUGUCGAGAGAUGGCUACUCGCGCCAUUCGACCUCAAGCACUGCAGAUCCAGCACCCACUGCUGUACAAUCAGCAAAGGCAGUAGAUACAGCUAUUAAGCCUGUUGAAGAGGCGCCCAAGGAACCCAAUGCUCUCGGCGAGGCUACCUUCAACGGCUCCUGCGAAAAGCCUGCGAUCAAGCAAGAUCCGCCUAAGAUACCCUCGGCACCGUCUUAA